AUGUUCAUCUUACAGCAACCAGCAAUUCCCCAGCCACUCCUAUCUAGUCGUCAGCUCGAUGUCACAUCCAUAUGCUCCAUGAUGGAACGCAAUACCCAUACAUCCUCUGAAUGUAGAGAUGACUCAAAUACAAAUCAACUCAAUAUGACGCCCUUCACGUUCUCCCCGUCCCCUCCGGCAGAUCCGGCCGCCACAGCGCCAACAUUCAAUUCACAUUUUGCCCAGCGGUAUGCAGCAACUAUAGCCCGACCUGCCGCCCGCGUCACAGAACGACGGUCUAGAGAAUCCCGUCGAGAUGCCUUUCUGAAUAAGGUCAAACGCAGUCGUCAGUCAGACCAGUUUGAGGCGCGAAGCGACCAGAUUCAACGAAGUGAUUUCCUAGAGCAGCAGAAGCAAUUUAAUGAAGAGAUGGCUAGGUCGGCUCCUCCACUUGAGGGUGUCGAAGACGACGAGGGUGAAGAGGGUGAAGACUUGUAUUGUCAUGCACAAGGUGAAGAAAUCGACGAAGCACUUUUAGAAGACUUCAUUGCCCAGGAAGAGAAUGAGUAUAUGGGCUUGGUUGAGGAUGCACCGGAUAACUACGCCGCUGAAGAGCCGCUGAACAGUGAUAUGCUCUACGGCGAUGUCGAUGAUGAUGGAAUCUUAGUUGACCUUCUUGAUCAAAUUGAGUCUCAGUCCCAUCAGGAGAUGGAUAUGUCGGGUUCUUGA